AUGGUUUCUCUGGUUCUUCACAAGUGGAUGAGGAAUAUUUCUCCGGAGAUGCUGCUGUUGGUGCAGAUAUUGUGGUUUUUACCAGUGACUGGAGCGGCUCCUUCCCUGACUACCGAGCAGCUGGACAUGGGGGUGGACUGGCUGAGCAGGUUCGGCUACCUCCCGCCCCCUGACCCAGUGACUGGUCAGCUUCAGACCAAGGAGGCCCUGACCAAGGCCAUCAAAGCCAUGCAGAAGUUUGGAGGGCUGAAGGAGACCGGAGUCUUGGACCAAGCCACAUUGGGUCUAAUGAAAACACCCAGAUGUUCUCUGCCAGAUGUGUCUGAGGCUGAGGUGACAGUGGGCCGCAGGAAACGAGGCUUGAACCCUCAGAACAAAUGGAAUAAGAGGCAUCUUUCCUGGAGAGUGAGGACCUUCCCUAAGGAUUCAGCCUUAUUGGGCAGGGAUACUGUUCGAGCCCUGAUGUACUACGCCUUGAAGGUUUGGAGCGACAUCGCUCCACUUAACUUCCACGAGGUGGCUGGCAGUGACGCAGAUAUUCAAAUCGACUUCACUAAGGCCGACCACAAUGAUGGAUAUCCCUUUGACGGGCCAGGGGGCACCGUGGCACAUGCAUUUUUCCCCGGAGAGAGGUUCACAGCCGGGGAUACACACUUUGAUGAUGAUGAGGCGUGGACCUUCAGAUCACCAGACUCCCAUGGCAUGGACCUGUUUGCUGUUGCAGUCCAUGAGUUCGGUCACGCCAUCGGCCUGGUCCACACCUCAGCCAUGGAGUCCAUCAUGAGACCGUACUACCAGGGUCCUGUAGGAGACCCUCUGAAAUACGACCUACCCUAUGAAGACAAGGUCCGCGUCUGGCAGCUCUACGGUGUCAGAGACUCUGUGUCCCACACCAAUCGACCAGUCAACCCCUCCCAGACAGCUGAACCUCCCGUCCUGCUGGACCUUCCUGAAAACAGAUCCACCCUCUUGCUGGCGCGAGAUGCCCCAGACAGAUGCACCAGUCACUUUGAUGCUGUGGCCCAAAUACGAGGGGAGGCCUUCUUUUUCAAAGGGAAGUAUUUCUGGCGACUAACUCGAGAGAAGCACCUGGUGUCUCUGCGUCCGGCUCAGAUCCAUCGCUUCUGGAGGGGCCUUCCACCCAAUCUGGACAGUGUGGACGCUGUGUACGAGAGACCAGGGGACCACAAAAUAGUGUUUUUUAAAGGUCUAAAGUACUGGGUGUUUAAAGACAAUAACGUGGAGGAAGGUUACCCUCGUCCAAUCAGUGAUUUCGGCCUACCUUCAGAAGGUGUAGACGCAGCUUUUGUUUGGCUCCACAACGAUAAAACCUACUUCUUCAAGGACAACCACUAUUGGCGCUACGAUGACCACGUGAGGCGAAUGGACCUGGGCUACCCUAAAGACAGCACGCUUUGGAAGGGGCUGCCACCACAGCUGGACGACGCCAUGAGGUGGUCUGAUGGUUCGUCCUAUUUUUUCAAGGGGAAGGAGUACUGGCGAGUGCCGGGCAGUGACAUGGAGGUGGAGCCAGGAUACCCCCGCCUCAUCGCUAAGGACUGGCUGCUGUGCACCGAGAUGCAGUCGGACUCUCCAGACACAGAGCCCAAAAGCACAGAGACGAGAAUCAACGGGCACCAUCACCCAGACCACGCAGAGAAUGGAUACGAGGUUUGCUCCUGCACCUCUGACACCGCCUCGCCUUUGGGCGUCCGCCCCUCACCAUCUCCCAUCUGGCUCCUGCCGCCACUCUGGACGCUCUCGCUGGCCCUCCGCUCUGAACUGCUAUGA